UGGGGAGACUGGAGGCUCCUGGGAGGUGCAAAUGCUGGGUUUGUAUAGCGGGACAACAGGCCCGGGAACAUAAUAUCGUUGUCAAAACGGGGAAUGUGUCUGUGCUCUGUGUUGUGCUGCUUGCUCGCGGCAGCGGCGAGCAGUUGGCCCUUAUCAAGACCCCGAUGGCUGACGGCAGCGAGCAGGUUUGACAUUGCGGGAAGGACAAGGACGUCAGCUACGACCUGCCCCGUCCCCUGGCCCCCCGUUAUCAAGUCAACACACCGUUACCGUUGGAAUCGGGUGAUCCAGGAACACCACGAGCGCCGUGGCACUGGAAUGGAGAGUGACACGGGUCAACAUGGCGUCGACAUCCGUCCGCCAAAUUGCCAAUCGGAACAUGGGCAACUCGGUGGUGAGAGUGACGCGGUUGCUUGUUUCCGGGAGAGCAGGUUCCGCACUUGCUCACCGCUCCCGGGCCGUUUGUGCCUGUCCUCGGCUGUGACUCCCGCGAGAUAAGGGGAGAUAAGAUAAUUCGGUGUCCCAGCCAUUCGACUCGUAUCUGCUGGAUGUGCAAUGUGCCGGUUGGCGGUGCACUUGAUAGUCUCAACGUACCUGCUUUCGGCUGGAGAUGAGCUUGAUGACGACUAUGCCCUGGCAGUGCCUGGUGGUGUGUGCGAGUUGUGUGUAUCGAAUCGAAAGCUUGCUUUGACUAUCGCAAAGCAAUUAGUUUCUGACGGAUGAAGGAGGCACGGAAAAGGAGUUGGCUGCUGCCGAAACAGAAUGCAACGCGAUAAGGCAAGGAGGGAGUUUCUUCGUU